GAUCCAAGGAGGAAAGAAAAAAAAAACUCGCCCUCGCUUCAGAAAACACAACACAGAAAACACAAUCCGUACAUCGUCAGCAGUCAAGAAGCAGCACUGCAAUGGCAACCACCAACGACGAUGGAAGCAGCGAAGCACCAACCGUUACCGAUGCCGAAAAUCGCGAGCGYCAGGAGGCAGAAUUCGAGUUCAUUGAAGCCGCCUACUCGCCUGACGAGGCGUGGGUGGUCCUAGCUUCGCCACCGCCGGGGAACGGAGGCGCGAAAAAGAACCACGGUCCUCGCAGCAAUCAGAUCCAUCGGAGRCUCGAGCUUCCGCUGGACGAUCACGAUAACGUCGGMGAUGGGAAUGACGAUGGUGACKAUGAUGGUUCCCMGAGCAGGAGCGGCAUAUCUGUAGAACUGAUACUGACGCUUCCUCUGACUUACCCAAGCGACGAAASAGCCCCGCUGGAAAUCAAUGCGUCUCUGAUGAGCCGGAACAGUCGAAACAUCCCAAGCAAAACCCAGAGCAACCAUGUGGAUGCUUCGAUGUACCGCAAACUGGCCAUGGAUUCGCUUCCGAACUUGCUGCAAGCCUGUCGGGGCACCGCACUCGAAACCGCGGGAACCGAGUCGGUCUUUGUCGUUUUGUCGAGGGCGGAACAAUGGAUCGACGAGGAUUGGUCCGAGCUGCGGCGAACGGUACCGACAUCCGGAGGCAGUAAUCGGAAUUCUUCGGCACAACACUCGUCUGCAGCGGGAACUACCAACGACAGAGACAAACUCCCGUUGUUUCUGGGGCGAAAACUUAUCUACUCCCACCACAUCAUUGCCAAAGCAAAGCGCAAGGCCAUUUCGGAUCUGGCCAAGGACUACCAACUCGGAGGAUUCUUCAAGAUUGGUUGGCCAGGUAUCAUUGUGAUCGAGGGGGAAGAGGAAAACUGCAAUUCCUUUUGCGAUGAGAUUCGAUCCAUGCGGUGGCAAUACCUAGUGAUACGGGGGGAGGAGCGGGAAGCCGUGCCAGCCGCCGCAACUGCUCUGAGUGGAAACACRGCUAUCGCGGACAAGGRAACCACCGAGACGAGGUUGAGUCGGCUCCGGAAAUUUCCAUUGCAAAUGAAGGAACUGGGGGAAGACCAGAUGUCACACCUGUCAGAGAUAUGCCGAAAGGUCGGCCUCGAAGACUUGUUUCUCACCUCGAUGAAAAUCUACAAUCGAAACAGCAACACCGGGAAARGUAGCAGGGACGAGGACGACGGCGAAGACGAAGACGAAACAAACACAAACACAAACACCACAAAGAGCCACAAAAACACUUGUGACUACGGAACCCUGGUGCUGGUCGACCACAUGAAUGAUCCAAAGGGGUACACCAAAUGGAUUCGAAAAACCUGUCAAUCUUCGGGAUGCCGGUGUGCGGUACUCGCGAGCUCUGUUGGCAGCAAUGAAGAUCCUGCUAGGAGCAGCGGCAGCAACCAACACCGACCUACUAUUUUUGUGGCACUCUAUGCGAGCGAGGCAUCCUCKGUGAAACAAGUGCUCAAGCGAUGGAGGACGAGCAAGGUCGAUAUCGAUUCGAGGGGAACCCCCUGCCUUGAGCGCAAAAUGGAUAUUCUCGUCGAAGGUGAACUCCCGAUUGCUGAAACCGGACCAACGAUGGCGCUAGCUUCAUUCGCAUCGUCGCUAGCAGGAUGCUCCUUAGRUUCCARCAGCAGCAAGAACAACCCAGGCAAGCCUCCAUCGGAARCUACAAUUUAUACCGUUAUAGACAACGAAAACAACCGGAAAAUGCUCACCAUAGACCAAACGGAAUCCUUAUUGCAUUCGAUCGGUGGUUCCCCAUGGAAAGAAACCUUUCGAGGCACGACCCAGAAUCGUCCCAGCGGUGGCAGCAAGAGCAAAGCCAAAGGCAMCACAAAGCGAUGAUCCGGAUGAUAUUCUACCGAUCUGGAUGGAUUCCGUAAGUCUAAAAAUGAAUGGUUGGACCGACCUUCUUAGCUAGAACAAAUUGACAAGUGUCGC